GUGGAAGUGUGCCUCUUUGCAAAUAAAAAUGAUAACUUGUGUGUGUGGGGGUAACGAACGGUGGUGAUGGUUUAUUUCAUUUUUCGGUCGCGGUUCCGGAAAAACGCAUUUUUAUCAAUUUUUUCAUCUUUUGUUUGAGCUAGUAGUGUGUAUAGUUUCCGAACGUUGCUGCGGCGGUGAGAUUCUCGAGCACAGGCUAAAUUUCGCAAAUUUUAGCGAACGGUGGAGUGCAAGCAUUUCCGAAGCUGGCUCGCUCGGUGGUGUAAAAAGUGCGAUUUUCCUCCAUUUGGGAGAGAUAUUUUUUUCUGUAGCGACGAACGAGGAAGAAGGAAUAGCUGAAGUUUUUUUUUUCUCGAGGAAGUGUGGAAGACUCCCGAUUGACAGUUGGGCGUUUGUUUUGGAGUUUUGGCGAAUGAAUUGCAUAAGUCAAAAGCGAGAAACGGGAGCAGUUCAUAAUAUUGGAGUUUCGGCUGAUCACGAUUUUUUUUGCAAGUGAUAAUCAAUACUAGUGCAAAAUUUUGGCGAAGCUAUCUGAGAGGUUGAACCCUUUUUGUGGUGCUCUUGAUAGAUCGGGAGGCAGCAGCGUGGUGUUGUAGUGUAUGGUACUGGAAGGAAUUGACAAGCAAAGUGUGGAAGGCAAAAAAUGAACUCAAAAUCUGACACCAAUCGGCAUGUAUUAACGAUUCAGGCGAAAAAGAAGCGUCAUAAGGCAGCGAAGAAAAAAGCCAAACAGCAGGCACAGCAAGCGGCACAAGCGGCAUCAGCUCAACAGCAAACGAGCCAGGUGUCGUCUCCCGAUAAUGAAAUGAAUCCGGUUCCGGUGAAUGACAAUCAGCAGUAUUCGAGCUUGAAUAGCAGCAACAAGAAAAAUAGUAGCUCCACGGAGACAAUUGAGGAUCGUGAUGAACGGCUGCUAGACGAUGGUGGCGGAUAUAGCAGUGACGAACGGGAAGGUGAGCAGGAGUGUCGGGAGGAUUACUGCCGAGGUGGGUAUCAUCCGGUCAAACUCGGUGACUUGUUUCUGCAGCGUUAUCACGUCAUCCGAAAGCUCGGGUGGGGUCACUUUUCGACGGUGUGGCUCAGUUGGGAUCUGGAAGAGAAACGAUACGUAGCGCUGAAGAUUGUGAAAUCAGCGCAACAUUUUACCGACACAGCUAAGGAUGAGAUCCAAAUUUUAAAAUCGAUAAGAAACGCCGACCCGACGGAUCCGAAGCGAAACAAAACGGUGCAACUGUUGAACGAUUUUCGGAUAACCGGUGUGAAUGGCACCCACAUUUGUAUGGUUUUUGAAGUGCUGGGACACAACCUGUUGAAGCUCAUCCUGAAGAGCAACUAUCGGGGAAUUCCGUUGCCCAACGUGAAAUCGAUCAUCCGGCAAGUGCUCGAAGGGCUGGAUUAUCUGCACACAAGGUGUAAAGUGAUUCACACUGAUAUCAAGCCGGAGAAUGUUCUGCUCUGUGUGGAUGAGAGUUACAUCCGAAAGCUUGCGUGCGAAGCAACGGAAAUGCAUACCAUGGGUUGCCGUUUGCCCUACUCACUGAUUUCAGCUGCCCCUCCGCAGUUCCAGGAGCAGCCACUUAGUCAAAAUAUGAGCAAAACUAAGAAGAAAAAACUGAAGAAAAAGGCCAAGAUGCAAACCGAACUAAUCCGACAACAAAUGGAGCACAUACAGCAGCUUGAGUUCGGUGGGAAAGCGGUUGAAAACGGUGAUAUGGAUGUGACUUCUAAAAAAAUGGACCAAGAGCAAACCGAUUGUGAAUCCUCGAUCGCAUCACCGGAAAGCCCCCGGCUGCUGAACGGUGACCGAUCUGGCACAGGGCCGGACUCAUCCGGCGAUGAAGAGGAACUUCCCACUCCGAAAAUUACAGCAAAAGUGGUGAGCGACAUUGCCAACACUUCCACCAAUUCAUCCAGCCCGGACCAAUCCGCUUCCAACAAUAAUGACGACUCGUCUCACGAGAAGGCUUCUUCUUCGUCGCUCCCGACCGCAUCUUCAUCCCAACCGGCGACGAACAAACUGGACAUUAGUGAAUCGAUGCGGAGAAUUCUGUCCAGUGUUACAGAACGCAAGGAUCCAGCCUUUGAGGUGUGUGAUGUCGAGGUUAAAAUUGCCGAUUUGGGCAAUGCCUGCUGGGUGGAUAAACACUUCACGGAGGACAUUCAGACGCGUCAGUACCGUUCGUUGGAGGUGAUCAUUGGCUCGGGGUACAACACAUCGGCCGACAUCUGGAGCACGGCUUGUAUGGCGUUCGAGCUGGCCACCGGAGAUUAUCUGUUCGAGCCGCACUCGGGUGACAAUUACUGUCGGGAUGAUGAUCACAUCGCUCACAUCAUCGAACUGUUGGGGCCGAUUCCGAAGCGCAUUGCGCUAUCUGGUCGGAUGUCGAAUCAUGCGUUCAAUUCGAAGGGCGAACUUCGGAACAUUACUGGUCUCAAGCCGUGGGGUCUUGUGGAUGUGCUGCGGGAGAAAUACGAGUGGGGACUGGAGGAUGCCAUCGAGUUUAGCGAUUUCCUCAGUCCCAUGCUGGAUUACGAUCCCAGGUCAAGGGCUACCGCCUCGCAGUGUCUACAGCACUCGUGGCUAAAGCACUAGGCUGGUAAAAAAGCAGUCAGGAGAAGCAUAAAACGAUGUAGAAGUGGUGAAAAUACGAUGUGCGUGUAUAAAAACGGUGAAGGCGAAAUUUGUUGAAUAUUAGCAAAAACAAAUUAAAUUAAAUGUAAUGAGUUGAAAAACUCGGUGACAAAUGAGCCAUAAAUGAUAUUGCAAGUGGACACACGGGAUACAUGCUGAAGGAGGACGUUUUGUGAAGUGAAAAAUAAGGGAGUGACUGCGGAUAACACCAUACAAUAGGAAAAUUACACACAACAACCAUCGGCAGAUUUCGGUCGGCAGCUAGUGUGGUACACAGAGAAGAGCCGAGGAUACUCACAGCGAACCGCCAACAAAGGACGAAUUUUACUUGCUUUUUCACAUGAAUAAAGAAAAUGUUUCAACUAGGUAAAAAAAGAAGAUACUAUGAGACAGCAAUAAAAGAAGGAAAAUCACCUAACCGAAACACAGUCUGGACAUUUUAUAUAAGCUUUCGAACAUAUAUUUGUAGAGAGAAAACAAACGAUAGACUCAGAGAGUCGUGAGUCAGAGCUUUUUGUCAGUACUACUACUGCUACUAACACUAAUAGUACUGCGUUUAUGAGUAUGGAAAUAUGCCACUGAAUGCUAUUUACUGUCUCUGUUGCUGCUGUAGAGGAGUUGAUGAGGAGCACCGGCGAAAGAUAUGACACGCUACACAGCACUCGAAGGAAACCGGUGAAGAUGGGGGUGGGGAGGCAGACAGAUAGGAAACCGAGUGCGGUUUUUAGUUCAUGCUCGAGGCAUAUACAUCAGUUAGUUGUUUAUGAGGUGGCCCUCUGCUGGAAAGGGAAUUCCAGAAACAGAUCUCGAAAGAACAAAAAAAAAAUACGGAAAAGCAACAAGAGAGGGAGGAAACAUGGCUCGCGUAGCUGGCAAAGGAUAAAAUGAACGACCAAUUUCUUUCUUCAUCAUUUUUGUCGUUUCAGCUCUACUGGCAAUGUUUCGGAUGAACUAGUUUUCCCCUUUUGUAGUUGUGUAGUGAGUCUUAGCGCGGGCUAGCCGGGUGGCUCUGUGCGGCGAGGGGAAAUUCUGAACGGCAAGUAUGGCCUAUAGGGAUCUGCGACGAUAAAAUGUCAUUAUCAAACAAAUUAACAAUAACGUUAGUAACUUAUAAUAGUUAGCUGGAUGAAAUAAGAGUAUAGUACCCGUCGCAGUGUUAGUGGGUAAUACGAGAUGAAACUGUGUAAUCCUAUAUUGUUGAUAUAUAAAAAACUAAGCGUGGAAAUCAUGUCACAUACAGGCACUUUUUAAAGGAUAAUAAAUAUUUAAUAGGGAAAAAACAACAACAAACGUUAGCGUCACAACAUUAUUGCAAUCAUACAUAGAGAAAUUACAUACAUUUUACACCCUUUCACCCCCCAUUCAUCCAUCCAUCCAUGCAUUCAGAACACACAGGUGGAUACAUCGGUGGGUAUCCAGAGGAAAACUAACACGGACACAUACACAUUGAGUACAUACUCGUAUAAUCUGAUAGAAAAACGAGAUUGAGCGCGGUGUUAACUUUAUGAGGUUUCUCUCGAGAAAAAGAACAGUGCAAAUGGCAUUGGUGUAAUGAUAAUACUAGGGGAAUAACCUGUUAACCGGUAGGGUCAUCUGCCAAAGGUGCAGUGGGUGUACAGGUAGGUGCACAUAGUAAAUUAAUGCAGAUAUCAAAAGUCACGAUUGGACAAUUGCUCACUUGAACACUGCCGGUUAACAAAACAAAAAAAGGCCUUUUGCAGACUCGGGUUUGAUUUUGAACAGGUCAGUGUGGGUUUCUAAGUUGGAUGGCUAUCAAAUGAGUGAAUAACGUUCAUGAUUUGAUUCUAGGAUAAAUUCCAUAGAUGGUACCGCAUUUGCACUUCGGAAAGAGCUCCAGUUACAUUCGGGAGAAGUAUUCAUUUUGGUGCAAUGUCCGCUCUCCUGUGUGCAGGAUGAUCCAUGUCCGGUAUCCUAUAUAGAGAAUGAGAUUCUUGUUGUAUAUGGUCGGUGUUAAGCCAGAAGGGACAAAUUCGCUAAAUUAAAAAUUUCGAGUUAUUGAUUGCUUUAGGUUGAGCAUUUCGUAAGCUACAUGUCACAUUUAUCAGAUUCGGUAAAUCACGCAUACAGCAGGAAUAACGUGUCGAAAUUGUUUUGAAUGAUCAACGAAAACCGCUUACAGCACUAAACUUCAACCUCGUUUUUCUCGAAAUCAUAAAAAAGUCACAUGGUCCGAUCUGACUUAACACCGACUAUAUGAGAGGCUUGCAUUGAAAAAUAGUCAAUUUUCGGAUGACUAUAAAAUAAAACUACAAAAGAUAAUUUAAUGGGAUAAAUUUCUUAUAAAACAUAAUUUUAUUGACCAUAUUACUAAAAUAAUUCGGCGCCCUGUCGCGGUCUUCCGGCAGUUGGCUAUUGGUUCGCCAUUGUUGUGGAAAAGGUAUUUGUUAGGGUGUUGUACCUUCCAGUUCUUCCUUAGCUUCAUUUAUCAGUUCCUUCUUUUUUUUGCCACUAAAUUGUUUGAUUAGACCCUCCGCUUCAGGUUUGCCCAUAAAUAUUCGGUGGGACAAACGUUCGGGGGGUUGACGGAUUUCGGAACAAUGGGCCUGAUCACAAACGUCACUUCACGGUGGAAAAGAGUUGAAGUGUAUGUAACCUUGCAUAAAAAUCAUUUCAUUUUCACCGUGAAGUGAUGCUCGUGACCAGGCCCAAUAUCUAUCUUCAAGCGGUUCAUCUCCUCCAGCGACUUCUUCGCAUAAUGGACGGAGACCAGGUCCGGUUAAAGAAGCACAUCUUUGUCCGGAUGAUAUUUUUGGAUGGAAGAAGCAACUUCCAACAGGCACUUUGUGCCAUUAAUCUCCCCGUUCACCGCAUGUCUCGAGAAGAAGAAGAGCGGCUUUGACAUACCCUUUUCGCUGAUUGUUAGGGUAGGUUUAGACUAGUGAUAUAUUCAUGUGAAGAAAUAUGAUGAGAUUUAUAGAAAUCGCAUCAACCGUUUACACUAGGUGAACUUCUAUAAUGAAUAUAUUCAUAUUUUCGGUGAAUUUAUUCACCUGAAGUAGAACUGCAUCCAACAUAAGUGAUUUCUCACCAGUGAGAAAUUCACAAGCGUUUACAUAUGCUGAAUUUAUUCAAGUUAUAUAUACCUCGAAUAAGUGUAUCAUAUUUAUUCUCACCCGUUUACACCUAUUUUCACGUGAAUAAAUCCAUCUAUAGCUAUAGAUCUCCCGAAUGUAAACCCGCCAUUAGUCACAGAAGCACCUUCUUUGGGAACUUGGAUCUCUGUCAGUCUUUACCAUCCAGCGUUAAAUACGUCCCGUCGUCCAUGACAACCGCGACGUUCCGCUUCACCGGAAAAAUUUCAUUCUCCGUCACUCUCAGUCUUUGUUUCUGUGUCACAGUUUGCUGUUCCGACACGGCCGGUCUUGACUCACUUAUUCGCAUGAUGAUGUCCAUCUCCUCUAGGCAACUGCAACCCGAUCUGUGUCGGCGCAGCCCGAUCUGUAUCGGCGAUGCCAAUCGCAUCUCCAAUUCUGCUCUGCAAAUUGAGACAACUCAAAUGUGAUGAAAUCGUUAAGUUUUCAUCUGUCAUCAGAAACUGCAUAAUCGCUAGCAGCGAUGCCGUUUCUUCAACUACUGAAAUAAAUCAUAUGUGGAGCAAUUUAUGAAAAACGUUUCUCAAAUAAACAACUUUACAUGAGAUUUUUCUUAACAUGAGCGAAAUUAGAAAAUAAAACUUUCACAAUAAUUAGCCAAAACUGAAACUGAAAUAAACAAAUUUUCCAUUUCAGUUAUCCAUUCUAUUUUUUGGCAUUUAAAUCUUCGUAUAGCCCACCUUCAUAGAAUAUUUAUCACAGUUCGUUUUUGAGGAAGAAUUGGGGCGAUAUUCACUCAACUAACGGUUCAUCAAGUCAUCAAGUCAUAAAAUUUAGUUCGUGGUUGCGCAAUGUAUAUUUGUUCACAUUGAUGGAAUAAUCUUUAAAACCUCAAGAUACGUUAAAUGAAUGCUCUAUAUAUAACAAUUAUUAUAAAUAAUCUAUCAAGCAUUGCUCAAAAUGAAGUAAUGAAUUUUAGUUUUCUUCAAUAUGAUUGUGAAGACAUUUGAAGACAUUUUUUCGUACCAUGUGAAAACAUCUGAAAACAUCACCUGGCAUCCAAGAUAGAAACUCAACGAACGCAGAAAAUAAAAUGUCAACAGCAAUUGAACGAAAAGGUUGCCGGCACAAUUCGCGCGCGACUCGACAUGCUAGGUUGAAUCAAAAAAGUUGGUUCGUCCUAAGUUGCUAGGUGCCUAGUGUGUUUGCUCCCAUUUGAUUACACAUGCUAUGACCUAUUCGUUAAGUUGCUUUCCAACUUAGGUUGCCUAGUGUGUAGAUGCCCUUAAGGUCUGAUUCAUGCGGAUAGAAUCGAAUUGGUUGUUAGAAAGUAUCCAAUAGAAAUGUCAAAAGAGAUCCAAUAAUCAGGAGAGGAAAAACGUGUUACUCUUCUUAUAAUGAUCUACUACAUAGAUAAAGUAUUUUCAUCAAAGGCAAAAUGAAUCAAAAUCAAUAAAAAUGCAAAUGCAUCAAUUGAUGCUAGCGUUCAUAAUCAUGAAGAUAUAGCUGAUAUUUUGGCAGGAACUGAAAUUUCAGUAUAAUUGAUAUAAAUUAAACCCAUUUACGAUUCAAUUUCACUUCCCGCCAAAAUUUAUUAUUUUUCAUGUGUUCCCGGAUGCUACAAAAAUAUUUUUCUUUCGUUAAAACAAAAAUAUGAACUACACAAAUUACAACAUUUAUUCAAUUCGAGUUCGUAUAAAAGACAAUAAAAAUCAGAUUCAAUGAACAAUACUUAAAUGAACAUAUUUUCACAUUUCAUGCAAUUUGUAAUUAGAAUAUUCUGAAUGUAUCAAAAUUGUAUCAUACAAACAGAAAAACUACCUUUGAUUUUGGCAAAACAUUUUGGUGUUUUGACUUUUCCCUGGACCGAAGGGUAGAAUUUUGCAUGACUAUUGAAAACUUUCGGAAUUCCGCACUCAGAUUCUGCGAUGUUGUCAUCACUCCAUGGAUCAGCAUCUUCCCGUAUGAAAUCCACUUAGUUUUGAAUAUAGCGGCAAAAUCAUCUGCGCUACAUAUUGGUAAUUAGGCCGAUUAUUUGACAAUCGGCCUAAUUAUUGGAAAGGGGUUUAGAAGUUUCACCAUGUUCCCUUUUCGGUUGAGCUGAAACAAUGCUACUCCACAGACACGAGAACCCUUGCUCGGAAUAAGUUUGUCGUCUCCACGAAAACCGGCACAGUGCAUUUGUAUGAACGCAUUCGAGGGAAAGCGAUGGAAGCUUACGCAAUUAUUACGCAAAUAAAUAUUACUCGUAUUCGGACAGUCUUUCACUGAACAGUGCAUUUUUAACCCCCCUGUACUCGCGUGCAAAAUCAUAAAGUGCGCUACGCAUACACCGUCCUGUCAUCGUGAAGUCAACGUAAAGGGAUGAAAUGUCAAAUAUUCUCCCAUGAAAAUCAUAUGGUAGCAUUCACAUUAGAGAUGGGCAAACCGUUCACGAACGGUACGAAAGAACUAGUUCGCCGAAAAGAGUGAACGAGCGGUUUUCAAAGAACGAUAGUUCUCCCCCCGAACUGAAUGCGAGCGAACGGUUUGUGAACGAACUGAUUCCGUAAGAACGGUUUGCGAGUGAACUGUUGGAGAGUGAACUGUUUGUGAACGAACUGUUUGCGAGUGAACUGUAUGGGAAAGAACUGAGUGAGAGUGAACUGUUUGGGAACGAACUGUUUGAGAACGAAGUGUUUGCGGGCAAAUUGUUUGCGAACGAACGAGUGCAGCUGAACUGAUUUGCGCUGGGCGGGAUGGAUAAAUAUAACGAGAAUGCUUGUAAGGAAAAUAAAACGAUUUGUCUUUAUGAACAAAAUGCGUGUAACGCAGGGUUUAUUUUGUUAAUGUAUUCUCAAUUUUGGGUUGAAAAAUUAAAUUAGAUUUUUAAAAGUUUUAAAAGCAAAACUUCAUAUACAUAUCAUAUACUUUCCAAUUAUCAGAAAAAAUCUGGGGGAAGCUCGGGUGAUUCAUGGAUUAAGUAAACAUAAAAUUUUAUAGUGAGGGUAUGUUGAGAAAAAAGUUUUUUCGUUGCUUUCAAUUCAUUGUUUGGCCUAUUGCGUGAACCUGUGUGUUUUCCAAAAAGAGUAUAUGAAAAAUUGCACAUAUUUUGUGCGCAUCAAAUUAUUACAUAAACUUUUGUUUAUGUAAUAUAUUUUCACAUACAGUUUGCGACUUUUAAUGAAGCAGCUUAUCUUUCCCCACGACAUUUCAAAAAUAUAAAUCCCAUACGUACACUAUCCAAUCCAACGAUAUCAAUAUUGAUGCUGCUGUCUAUUGAUGUUGGGUUCCAGCCAACAUUUUGUGUUGUUCCUAGUUACUUGUUACUGUUCAAGUUACUUGUACCAGUAUCGAACAAGUAAUUGGCCUCUAACUUGAACAGAGUGUCUGUUCUCUAUUCAAUGGAUAAAGGGUGUGUCACAUCAAAUUGCAUCACGGAAAAAACGCUGUAGAAAUUCGCCCAGUAGACCGAUCCUUUUGAAAAUUUUAGACAGUAAAAUAAAAACUAUUAAACAACUUUUGGCAUUUUCUUUUUAAUCAUACUUCGAGCCCAAGCCCGUAUGCUCGCACCUUCCUCUUUACCCCGUCCAUAAGGUUCUGUACAACGUCAGGUUGUAGUUCUUUUUUAACAGAAAUCCAUUUUCUCUUGAAGUCCGCCUCCGAUUUGACAACUUUUGGGUUCUUCCGGAGGGCCUGCUUCAUAAUCGCCCAAUAUUUCUCUAUUGGGCGAAGCUCCGGCGCGUUGGGCGGGUUCAUUUCCUUUGGCACGAAGGUGACCCCGUUGGCUUCAUACCACUCCAACACGUCCUUUGAAUAGUGGCACGAAGCGAGAUCCGGCCAGAAGAUGGUCGGGCCCUCGUGCUGCUUCAAUAAUGGUAGUAAGCGCUUCUGUAGGCACUCCUUAAGGUAAACCUGCCCGUUUACCGUGCCGGUCAUCACGAAGGGGGCGCUCCGCUUUCCGCAAGAGCAGAUCGCUUGCCACACCAUGUACUUUUUGACAAACUUGGAUAGUUUCUGCUUGCGAAUCUCCUCCGGAACGCUGAAUUUGUCCUCUGCGGAGAAGAACAACAAGCCCGGCAGCUGACGAAAGUCCGCUUUGACGUAGGUUUCGUCGUCCAUUACCAGGCAAUGCGGCUUCGUCAGCAUUUCGGUGUACAGCUUCCGGGCUCGCGUCUUCCCCACCAUGUUUUGCCUUUCGUCGCGGUUAGGAGCCUUCUGAACCUUGUAUGUACGCAGGCCCUCCCGCUGCUUGGUCCGCUGGACGAAUGAACUUGACAAAUUCAGUUUAUUGGCGACAUCCCGGACCGAACUUCUCGGAUCACGUCUAAACUGCUUAACUACGCGCUUGUGAUCUUUUUCACUGACGGAGCAUCCAUUUUUGCCGUUCUUCACCUUCCGGUCGAUGGUUAGGUUCUCGAAGUAUCGUUUUAGUACUCUGCUGACCGUGGAUUGGACGAUUCCCAGCAUCUUACCGAUGUCCCGAUGUGACAAUUCCGGAUUCUCGAAAUGAGUGUACAAGAUUAAUUCACGACGCUCUUUUUCGUUCGACGACAAUUUACGAAAAAUUGACAGUGAAGCAUGGCCAACGUGAUAUAUACACUCUUAUCUGAUUAUAAAACCAAAGCUGAAGAUAUAAUUCCUAAAAAUUAAAUUUCUACAGCGUUUUUUCCGUGAUGCAAUUUGAUGUGACACACCCUUUACUUCAACUAGAGCGCUGACUGGCAUCGUCUAAAGGCUGAUUUUGAGACACUCUCCUUGAGAAACGACACUCCCUUAAUCUAAUUUAUAUGUCAAACACCAGCAGUAUUGCCAAACGGUUUGUAAAACCUAGCACUACAAUAUUUUGCGCACUAUUUUGCUUCAAAUUUAUUCAUGUACCACAGAAGUCAAAACACACAAAAUUCAAGUCUCAGGAUUUCCUUUGAUUUAAACAUCCGACGCAACUGCUUUUCUAUAAUAUAUGGCAAAUUAGCAACACAGAAGACAACUAAUUUAAUAAUAAUGGUUGGAGUAAAAGGAAAUGUCGUAUUUCUGAUCGAAAUUUAACGCUUUAUUUAACAUACUUAAAAUUAUCCAAUUUAAGACAAAUAUGCGCCGUUUUGUUCGCAAACUUGUUGCCAUUUAGAAGGCAACUUCAUUAUCCUCCCCUCCAUAUAUCCACUUUUCAUCACCAGUCACACUCUUCUUCAAAAAUGGGUCGAGUUCGUUCCGUUUCAGCAGUGCAUCGCAGGCGUUGAUUCGGUCUAAAAGUUUUUUUUUGCGUAAACUCGUGUGGAACCCAUACAUCCAGCUUUUUUUGGAAUCCAAUCUUCUGCAAAUGGUUCCAAACGGUUUUAUGGUCUAUGUCCAGUUCCUGGCCAAUCGAGCGAGUGCUCACAUGCCGGUCUGCUUGGAUGAUUUCAACGAUUUUAUCGGUUUCCACGACGAUUGGCCUACCAGUUCGGGGUGUAUCUUCGACAGUCACUAUACCAAAACGAAAUCGGCCAAACCAACGCUGUCCUAUGCGAAUCGUUACAGUAUCGGAUCCAUAAACUACACGAUUUUUUUUCGGUCACCUUCGUUGCAGUUUUACCUCGCAGGUAGUAAAAACGUUAAAUAUGGCGAAUUUCUUGCUUGGUGGACUCCAUUUUUGACGCGCUAUAACUUGAGACUGAAAAGGACAAUCACAACACUUGUAGCACAGAUUGUCGUUCUUAAAUAGCCGUAGAGUAUGACCCGAUGCGAUAAGUACAACACAAGAUAUGUUUAAAUGUUGUCAUAUAUUGACAAUAUACGACAUUUCUUUUUCCCCAACCCAAUACAAUAUCUAUUUUUGUGCAUAGAAUAAUCAAUUAUACAAUUUCCAUUUUGUUCGAUGACAUUUUUCCAUCUUUCUGGCAGCUUCAUAAUUCCACGCUUGUACAAAAAACUGAUUCAAGUGCGAUUCCACAGUUUCAUCAUCAUUGAAAGUUGUACUAUUCAAGUAGUUCUGCAAAGAUCGAAACAAAUAGAAAUCUGAUGGUGCAAGGUCAGGGCUAUAUGGUGGAAGUAACGUUAAUUCCCAACCAAGCUCCAUUAAUUUUAAGCGGGUGACCAAAGAUGUGUGUGUGGUCUGGCGUUAUCCUGGUGGAAGAUGGCACCCUUACGGUUAACGAGACUUCCGUAUUGAUCCAAGGCUCAACAAAUAUCACUCCUUUCCAAUUCAAAAUAGAGCUUGAGUUUGAGCUUGGGUACACUGUACAUUUCGUAGUUGCUCUCCGUGAUUGACCUGAACCAGCGAAAUUGCACAAAGGACACGCUGAAUGACGCUUGGGAGCAGCAAACCAUUUUCACUCAUUGUGCAAGUUUCGGUAAUUCGCACUCCUUUCCAUAACAAAAUUGGAAGCAAAAUCUUCUUUUGCUGAAUAUCAGCUUUCGAAGUGGUUUGUGGUGGAUCAUCAUGCUUGGACCAUGAUCGUUUUCGAUUAACAUUAUUGUAAACAAUCCAUUUUUCCUCGCCAAUAAUUAUUCGCUUCGAAAAAAGAUUGAACUAAUUGCGUUUGAGAUGCAUAUCUCAAACAUCGAGAUAAAGCGUAAUGAAUUUCUUCCAAUUCAUGCGGUACCCAAAUCAUGUUUUUUAACGAAUCCAAGGCGUUUUAUAAAGGGUUUUUCUUUAAGAGCGGUACAAUUUUUUUUUAAAUAAAACAAAAACGGUUUUUUUUAUCCCUUUUGUUUUUAUUUUAGGCUCUUUAGCAUUUUAGCUGUAACAGAGCCGAAUUUUAAUCGUGUACAUGUCACAUAUUUAUCAUAUCUAUAAUUAGCACAUUACACAGUUGCCAUUUUUCGGCGUUAGAGUAUCCCCUUCUAUACCAUUGCAAAUGGUACAAAUUUACACAGUAGCCUAGUUUUCUAUCUGUUCUUCCAUUAUCCAGUUAGGACUGGACAGCGGAGACAGUCGUUGAUCCAUUGUUGAGUUAUUUAUAGAAAAGCAGCCCGAUGUUUCUUGCAGAGCAGAGCAGUUGUAUGGAUGAAUCGAUCUUAUUUCGACCGUGGAUCGAUCUCCAUCGCUGAUGAUUGUUGCGUGGACGUAGUUAUUCUGUAACAACACAAAGAUGGUCAAUGGGGGCCCUGUGUUUUGAACUCACGAUCGAUCGCUUACUAAGCGAACGCGCAACCAAUGUGGCUACGGAGAAUCGUCGUUGGCUUGUUGGCAUAGACCAUAGACUUGACGUAGCUCCACAGGAAAUAGGAAACGGCGUCAAAUCGUAGGAACGAUGCGGCCAAUUGACUGGACCAUUUCGUGAGAUAACACGCUCACCAAACUUGGUUUUCAAUAAAUCGCUUGUUAGAAUCGCUGUGUGGCUUGUGGCGCCGUCCUGUUGAAAUCACCUUUUGUCCAAAUCCAUAUCAUCCAAUUCGGGCCAAAAAUAUUCGGCGGUAGCGAUUCCCAUUCACAGUAUCGUGCCGCUCUUGAUCAUCACGGAAGAAAUACGGCCCAAUGACGCCGCCGGACCAUAAACCGCACUAUUUUUUCGGGAUGCAAUGGUGACUCAUGGAGUACUGACCAAUAACGCAUAUUUUGCUUGUUGACGAAGCCAUUCAGCCCGAAAUGAGCCUCAUCGCUAAAGAUUAUUUUUCGAUGAAAAUCCGGAUCAUUUUCAAAUUGUUACUCAGCCCAAUUCACGAACAUACGACGCUUCUGGUGGUCAAGCGGCUUCAAUUCUUGCAUCAAUUCUAUCUUGUAAGGAUGUAGGCCAAGAUCUUUUCGCGAAAUUCGCCACGAAAAGACACUUGAGAACGACGUGUGAGAGACUGAUUUGGUUCUCCUAAAGUAGAGGCCAUUGACUCCGAAUUUCGGUAGUAAAUUUUAACUUUUGUAUUUCUACUUUUGUAGCGUCCCUAUUGAAAUACCCGUUACAUGCUUCUUAUACAUGCUACAUCUUUUAAAAUUCGUGUCUCUUCUUAAUCCUAGCCAGAUUCCAUGCUAAAUGUGUCACUAAAUCCAAAGGAAAUCAGAAUAUUACCACAGAAUGCAUGGAACUUCAAAAUAGAAACCUACUUCGAAUCUAAUUGUGAAUUACAAUAUUCGUAUUCGUUUAGUUUUUUUUUUGUAACAAACGUUAGAGAAACGGGAGUACCACAAUAGUAUCAUCAGAACAACAUGAACAUUCAUGAAUAUUGUAGAUUCAAUUCGAAAGAGAUCUUGUAUCGACAGUGAUUUGCGUUGUUAUUUUGAAUUGUUGAACAAAUUUAGAACAGAAUACAUUCCCAAAAUUUUCUUGCAACGUCCAUAUCUCGUCGAACAUUGAGUUAAAUUAUGUGCAUUUGAUUUCAACAUAUAAAAACCGUUUGUGAGUGAGAAAGGUUGAAAGGUAUUUCGAGGUCAAUUGCGAUUGAUUGCUCCAAAUAUAAUGCUGCACCAUGAGCGACGGCAUUGUUCGACGGCUUUUCCGUGAGAUACAGGUAAAAAAAUACCACGUGGAUUGAAUUUCAUAUGAUAGCCCAAAUCACAAGAGAGAUACAUUCGUUUGUAUCAUUUUUUUUGAACGGCGAUGUAUUUCGAGCAUAAUUAGGUGCACUUCAUUCUAGCAUGCUCUAACGAUUAGCUUUAUACCCAGCCAGAGCAUGCAAAAGGGCCUCCAUCGAUUUCCGCUUAUGAGUUAACCCCAUUAUCGAAGACCACCGAUGCCAUUUUUGCGCUCCAUAUUUGACCUACAUUACUUUUGCCAAACGGAAUUCGCUAACAUAUUGACACCGCGCCAGAAUGUGGUCACAAGGUUGGAAGACGAGGAAUGUAAAACACAGAAUAGAGGGAAAAAAUUAAAGUAAGGACACCGCAAAACAUCAAAUCAACCCAACAAUCGAACUAAGCAUGGCAGAACUAAAUGCAAACAAAAACGAGAGAUAGAGGAUUUAAUGUCAUUACGUUCUUUCAGUUGAUCGGUUUCUAUUUUUUCAUAUCCAUACGUAUAUAACUGUUGGCUGUCUCGUUAAUGGUGGAUCAGAUUAAUAUUACUGCCACGUUGUUCGCCAUUGUCACUAGGAUAGUGUCCAGAUGGAGGGAAUUUUUUUGUUGUGUAAUGUGAACGCAGGAUUUUAUACACCACACAAAUGGAGAGAGAGAGAGAAAGAGUUUAAUUAGGGACACUUUGGCGCAACGUGGCGGAAAAGCAAGCAAAGUAUGUAAUUCAAAUGAAAAGCGCCAGUAUGCAGUAUCAUAUUAAGCCCCGUCAAAGCAGGAAAAUAACACAGUAAAUAAGCGAAAGCCUAGGGAAUGUUAUAUUGAUUUAUACGGAUGACAGAGACACAGAGCCAGAAAAAUGAUGUUUUCCUUUCUUACUGUUUAAAUUAUUUAUUUUAAAUAAUAUUGACAUAAACUAGUAAGGAAGCUGUAAUAAUAAUUAUAAAUAAAACAACAAAUGGAAACCAAUUUGUAGAGAAGUAGUGAGUAAAUUAAUAAUAAAUGAUUAUCAUUAAAACACA